UUUGCGUUGUUCCUCUUCUUAAGACCAGCAUACAAUCAGCUGGACCGCAUGGAGGACCAUAUAAUAUGGGCAACCGAAGACGAGGUAGAAAAAUGGAGGAAGACAUUCAUUUCAGAAUGCAACAUGUCGGCUAUUGCCGGUACCAUCCUUGCACAAGUCGCUCUCACCUCGUUCAGCCUCCCGAAUCUUAGUCAAGCGCACUGGACCGCCCGGGCAGCCUUUCUCUUAAGUCUUGUCUCGGGCUGUUUAGCCGUUUUCUACGCUUCGCUGCUGCAAAGGACAUUGGGAAACAUUAGAACUCCACAACUGGUAAAAGAAUGGUGGCGUGGUUCCACGCCGUCAACCUCAAUCACACUCCUAGACAGCACGGUCCGACGCGAGGUUUUGGAGUUUUGGAGCAACCGUUCCGACUUCGACAAGAGACCGGUAGAGGAAAAUCUGAAGCUACAAUCAUCUGUAGCAGCAGCCAUCUUAAUGUCGUCACCUUCGAUGAUGAUCAACUUUGCUGUAGGUGCGUUCUUGGCCGGGAUCGGCAUAUAUUUUGGAUUUGUUUGGAAGCAUGAUCUUGACCCUAUUUCUAGUAGAACAGAUAGUCGCAGCGUUUUUAUUUGUUUUCUGCUAAGUGUUGUAUUCUGCUAUAGCUUUUAC